ACUUAAAAUUUUUUUCAUUGGUACAAAAUGUCCUGCUGUUGUACAUAUUACGGUGGAAGUGGAACUUCUUUUUUAAACAUGGCUUCCAAUAAUUCAUACAGUUUGUCAGGCAAGAACAGAAAGAAGCAUGAAAUGUCUAGUCAAUCCCGUGUGACAAGCUUUUUCAAACCAAGCCCUGAAACUUCUGGUUCAAGAAAAAAUAGAGAAACAGAACCAAGUGACCACAUUGCGAAAUUUAGAGCAGUUGGUGUAAAGAAGAGAUUUCAAGAAUCACCAGUUAGAGGUGUAUCACAUACUUCGCAAGUCUCACCCAUAAAGAAAAGUUGUGAAGUGCUUUCCAGCGAUUCUGUUUCAAGUCAACAUAUGAGAAAACAAGUUGUCCAAGCUACACCCAUGAAAGAAAGAUCACCAGUACACAGGCAUGAAGUGAUUGCAAUUGACAUGGAUUCUUCUGAUGGCACUUUAAAUUUGGAUAUAGACAUAUUUUCUUCUCCUGAAAAGAAAAAAAGAAUUGCAAGAGUUGUCAAGAAGCCUCUAGAAAGCCAAAUUAGUACCCCUCCAAGAAAUUUAAAAGUGUUUGAUUCUUCACAAAAAAAAGUUGGCCUUGCUAUGCGCUCACCAAAUAAAUCAUCUAUCCGAGAUAAUAUCCCUACACGUAUGGCAUUGGAAGACAAGAAAAAUUUGAACCGAGAUAAACGUCCUGUGGCUCCUGACACGGAAUUUGACGCCUUAAACAGUUCCCCCAUCCACAGAUUAAAACGCACCCAUUCCGUAAGUAGCUCCCAAGAAGAUUCCAUUAACGGUAAUGAGGGUCAACCCAGGAUGAAACGCUGUACCAUAGUCCUUGAAAAAUUAGAAGCUGAUGUCCAUAGUCAAAAGCAGGCAAAGGAUGAAAACAAAUCAAGAAAGAAAGAUGUUGUUACAGAAAAUUUGAAUUUCGCGGGAAAAAUUGACGCUAUUAAAAGGUCGCAAACAACUAGAAUUCCAAACCCUUUAGAAACCUCGACUGAGAUGGAUGGCGCAUCGUUGCGGCGGUCUGAAAAAAAGCAACUUAUUCCUCCUGAUUUUGCCGAAAAGCUAAAUAAUAAUACAAAAGUAAAAUCCACCGAGCUAUGCACCCAAUCAGCAAUUUCGAUUACUCGAAAGAAGUCUAGGCUAGAAAAACCAACUUUCACUUCGUUUGAUGUUAACAAAACUCCCCUUGACACGAUAUCCACGACUCCUGCGAAAUCAAAAGCUACACAGUCUGAAGUAUCAGAAGUUGUACAGAAAGUUUCCCAACGUCGCAUUUUGCGCCGCAGUACACUCCAUUCAGCUGAGAAAAAUGGGCUAUCAAUUACGUCGAAAAUUACAGUGGGACUCGAAGAAAUCAACGCGGGGGUCGUUGUUGCUUUCAAGCAAACUUAUAAAGAUGUUGAAACCUUGCUGAAUUUCAAGUUAGAUGUUAUGAUCUGUCCAGAUUUCAAGAAGGCUUUGCAAACCCCAAAACGAAUUCUUCCCAACAGCUACCAUAAAAACUUCAAUUUUUAUAUGAAACGUAAACCUGUGGAACACAUCGAAGCGCUGCGUUCACAGCACAUUGAUUGCAAUCGGUAUCCCCACGCUAUUGACUUGCAUACAGUCAUUUACGGGAUUUUAAUGGAAGCAAAGGAGCAUGUUGUGUUACAUCGCGCACAGGCAUUGAUUUAUACGACUUUAGGCCUACAUCCAUCUGGUGAUGCUGCAAUGAGAAAAUAUUACUGGUCCAUCCUAUCCCGCCGUUUCGAUGAUGCGGAUUCCUGCAGUCGUUGGGAAAAUCUUCGAUGCCUUUUGGAAGAGGUUUUAAACGCCGAUGGUGAGGAUGCUGCGAGGAUGUACGUUGAUCCCUCCAUGCCACCGUCAAAGCUUGAAUGCAACAGAGCUGCGCUAGCCGUUAUCAUUCACGUCUUGAGCGAAGAUUUGCGUUGCUGGAUUAGUUUAGCCACACAGCCGUCAGCUCAGUUGCGUGACCGAAAUGCAUUGCCGCUGGUAGCCCGUCUUCUUUGGCCACAAACCACGAUUCCGCAUGUCAGUAUGGCUUGUCGGGAAUUGAUUCGCUAUCACAUAGCAGCUGUGAAAUCUUCAAAUCCUUUAAAUGUGUCGUACACCGGACCGCUUGUGAAAAUGAUGGCUGUAGUGACCCAGCUGAGUGAUCUCCAUCUGCCUUUGAAAAUUCGUAAACCCAGCUACCAUAUGAUGAAUUUGGCAAGGGAAAUUGUGCUCCACUCAGACAAUGUGAUUCAUAAUAGCUCGUGCUCUUUUUACAGCAGCUUUGGGUCACCAGAGCUAGAGCUUCUGUUACCUCUCACUAUUCUCAGCAGUCUGAAGCCACAGAUAUGCAUUCCAGAAGGAGAGCAUCUUAAUUUAACCUGGAUGUUGAACUCCUUUCUUGAGAUUCAUACCCAGCCAAGUCGUGAAGAUGUGGUGGCACUUUUUCGGUCCAAGCCACGAACUGAGAGGGAUGCUUUCUUGACAGCUCUUGGCACGUAUUUUAAAUUGUUUGGUUCCUUUAAAACCUGGUUUCACAUGCGUUCAAAGUACCGUAGUUCAGCUUCACGUUCCAGUCCUAUUCCAGGGCAAUCUUCGGCUGAACCCCUUUCCCUUAAUAUGUAUUCACAUUCGUUUACUCCGAGUCACUUAAUGGAUGAUCUGCGCCAAACAAAGUAUUUACUGGAGAUUAAGAAGGAAUCAGACGAGGGCUCCUUUUACUCUCGUUUAAGUUGGCGAUAGUUUGACUUUUUCGAUGAUCUGUUCCAGCCUUUUAAAGUUCCAUUUCUUGUUCGUCCUUCUGUGUCAAACCUGUUUACCACGGGAAAACAUACGGAAAUUCUUGUUUGUUUGAAGUUCAAUUGCAUCUAACCAAGGUUUAUGAAAAUAUAUCAAGUUGCUCAAA